GAAUACUUAAAUCACAACGAGAUUUAGUUGACGAUGGAACCGUCAGCGUUAUUGGGCGCAGUGAUUUGCGUGAAGGCUGAGCCCUGUGAGGAUGUGUAUAUAAUUGAUGAGUCCACGACCGUGAGCGUGUCUGUGAAAGCUGAGCUGGGUGACGAAGACGAGCCCAGGUGCGAUAGCGUGUCUAUAAAAGCUGAGCCUUCGUGCGCAGAUGUGAGUGUGAAAGACGAGUCGCCCGGCGUGAGCGCGGCGGCGGAGCUGUACGCCGAUCACGCCGUGAAAGAUGAGCUCGUGCUCGGCCCCGUGCUAGUGGAGCGGCGCGUGCGCCACGCACCAGCAGUGGUUUCAACUUCCAACCUGGCGAUAGAAGGGAAGCCCAUGCUGAGGGACUGCUGUGUGAGGCUGGAGCGCCUCUUCAUGGACACGCUGCUCACUGGCACUCAGAGCACAGGCGGGGACAGCCCGAGACAAGUUCAUGGAGCUGAUGAAGAGCGUGAACACAAGAACACUACAGUUGAGGAUAGUAAAGAACAUUAUCAAGGGCAAACUCCACAGGAGAAACCAAGCAGUAGACCCGAAACUUACCAUUGUGCCCACUGUAAAUAUACAACAAGCAGAAAACCAUUAUUAAUUAGUCAUUUAAGAACACAUGUCAAUGAGAGGCUAUACAAAUGUGACCUUUGUAACUAUGCUAGUGCCUAUAAAUGUGGAAUAGCAAGACAUAAAAUGAUUCACACUGGUGAAAAACCUUAUAAAUGUGACCAGUGUAAUUAUGCUACUAUCUAUAAACGUGGUUUGCAACGUCAUGUAAGAAAACACACUGAUGUAAAGUAUCACAAAUGUGACCAGUGUAAUUAUGCUACUAUCUAUAAAAAUGAUUUACAACUUCAUGUAAGGAUACACACUGGUGUAAAGCCUUACAAAUGUGACCAGUGUAAUUAUGCUACUGCCCAUAAACGUGGUUUGCAAGUUCAUACAAGACAACACACUGGUGAAAAACCUCACAAAUGUGACCAAUGUAAUUAUGCUACUGCCCAUAUAGGAAGUUUGCAACGUCAUGUAAGACAACACACUGGUGUAAAGCCUUACAAAUGUGACCAGUGUAAUUAUGCUACUGUCCAUAUAGGAAAUUUGCAACGUCAUGUAAGGAUACACACUGGUAUAAAGCCUUACAAAUGUGACCAGUGUAAUUAUGCUACUGCCCAUAAAUGUGAUAUGCAAGUUCAUGUAAGACAACACACUGGUGAAAAACCUCACAAAUGUGACCAGUGUAAUUAUGCUACUGCCCAUAUAGGAAGUUUGCAACGUCAUGUAAGACAACACACUGGCGUAAAGCCUUACAAAUGUGACCAGUGUAAUUAUGCUACUGCCCAUAAACGUGGUUUGCAAGUUCAUGUAAGGAAACACACUGGUGAAAAACCUCAUAAAUGUGAGCAGUGUAAUUAUGCUACUGCCGAUAAACGUGCUUUGCAAGUUCAUGUAAGCAAACACACUGGUGUGAAACCGCACAAAUGUGACCAGUGUAAUUAUGCUACUGCCCAUAAAGGUUAUUUGCAACUUCAUGUAAGGAACCACACUGGUGAAAAACCUCACAAAUGUGAGCAGUGUAAUUAUGCUACUGCCUAUAAAGGUUAUUUGCAACUUCAUAUAAGGAAACACACUGGUGAAAAGCCUUACAAAUGUGAGCAGUGUAGUUAUGCUAGCAACCAUAAAAAUGGUUUGAAAUAUCAUGUAAAGAAACACACUGGUGAGAAGCCUCACAAAUGUGAAAGCAAAAACACUUAAGUGGCCCACUGAUUAACAGUGCGCCGCACGGUAUCGGCCUGUCAGUUGUUCGGAACUGUCAAAUUUUUGUUCUAACUGACGGGCCGAUACCGACCGGCGGACUGUUAAUCACUGAGCCUCUUUAAUGAGCACAAAUAAUAGUUCAUCAGAUCUUGAACGACCCCUCGAAGGUUAGAAUCCUUAAUCGUAUGUUCCAUGGUUGUUUGAUAUUGUCAUUACAUCAGUCAACAUCCGUACUUUUUGUUUUUUGUAACGAGACUGACUGAAAUAGCAAGACACGUUCGUACGUUUCCGUGAAAAUACGAUGGAAAAUAAUUCUGCCCAAAUAAUAAUACCGAAAUUUGCCUCUGUAAUUUGAAACUAUAUGUAGUUCGUUUUUUGUAGCAGUAGUCCCUACUGGAUGCCAGCUCUUUAAGCCAAAUCUCAUAGAAAAAGGGGCAAGCUAUUAUGGCACUUGCCAACCCCAUUGCGAUAACUGCAUUAUUGCAUCAUCAUCAUCAUCAUCUCAGCCAUAAGACGUCCCCUGCUGAACGUAGGCCACCCCCUUGGACCUCCAUUCGUAC